UUAUUUAUUUAUUUAUUUAUUUAUUUUUGCAAGAAUGCUUAGACGAUGUGAAAAAUUCAAAAAGUGUUCCAGUAUCCUGUAUAUGAAUUCCGUAUGUUGUAUAUAAAUUCACCCUACUUUAACAUAACCCUAUAAUUAAGGGUUAGAAUUAUUUAUUCACAUAUUAGAUAGCUCUAGUUUUAAACAUUCACAUAGUUAAGAACUACACUUCACUCAUUACGGAUUGAAUCCUCAACUAUUUUUUUCCCCCCCUGUCAAUCUGAAAGCCGAUUUGAAAAGUUUUCCUGUUGCGUUUUAGAGGCGGUUUUGAACUCGGAACUAGGAAACGUGGCAGUGAACUGCACCAUGGCUCCGUCCCAAACUACCCACACAGCAGCCUCUCCCAGAGGUGGCGUAGUCUACUGUUAGUGCUGCAGUGGGCCGAUUGAGACAUCCACCACUUACUUUUAGCUGUGUUUUAACUCCACUUUCUGAGGAGACUAUGCAGCGGGAGCGCUUGUUAAAGGUGUUAGUUGUAGGGGAUCUGGGUGUAGGGAAGACGGCCAUCAUCAGGCGCUACGUGCACCAGGUUUUCUCUCAUCAUUACCGAGCCACCAUCGGAGUGGACUUCGCGCUCAAAGUGCUGCACUGGGACCCGAGCACCGUCAUCCGCCUCCAGCUGUGGGACAUCGCCGGACAGGAGCGAUAUGGCAACAUGACUCGUGUGUAUUACCGUGAAGCAGUAGGGGCACUGGUGGUCUUCGACAUGACCCGAGCAUCCACUUUCCAAGCUGUACUUAAAUGGAAAGGUGACCUGGAUGCUAAAGUGGCCCUCUGUAAUGGUCACCCGGUGCCAGCUGUCCUGUUGGCGAAUAAGUGUGACCAGCAGACACAUGGCAUGUGUACCAAACUACCCAAGAUGGAGAGUUUUUAUAAAGAGCAAGGAUUCCUGGGCUGGUAUGAGACAUCGGCCAAGGAUAACACAAAUAUUGACAAAGCCAUCAUGCGCCUGGUUGAGCACAUCAUGGCAAGUGAUGGCGAGAAACCUGCAGUUGACUCAGACCCCAGUCGGGUGAUCCUGCCAACAUCGAACAACAACCUCCACGAACGCAGGCAAUCCAGCUGUUCAGCCUGUUCCAGACCGGACACACUUCCCAAAGAGCAUGAGCAAUUCUAGCAGUAGAGAAAAUAGAAUAUAUAAAUUACCUUUAUGUACUUAAAUGCUAUUGGUGAUGGCGAUUAUUAUUUAUACCAGCAGUUCUUGUUUAUGCAUUCACUGCACUUUUACUUUUAACAUGUUAAGACUCGUCAUGGUUUUUGCAUAUAGAUGGUGUUUCACUUUUUGAGCAUCAAAUGCUCAUGGAAUGACAGUUGAUUGCUUGAAAAAGAGGAACGUGUUUUUAAGUAGUACAGUUGUUGGUUUUGCUGAACUAAGCAACACAUCAGGACUGUUGAGGAAACUGAGAGCAGACCAUUAACACCUCCGUCUAAAACAAGUGUUUCCAGUAGAAAAUGCUGCCUAAAGCACCGUCAACACUGAGAACAGUGAGACUUUUACACGCUGUAAUAGAGCAGCUGCGUGGGCAAAUGGAAUAGAAAAUUUAUUCAUAUUUAAUUUUUGAAAUUGAUUAAUUAAUUGUUUAUAUACACGCCCAAAACUCUCACAGACUUUGUUGCAAAUUAAAAUAAUAACAAAAUGUUUGUUUCGACAUCUUUAACUGAAAUAAAUGUCAAUACACGUUGUUAUGAUGUGUGAAAAUGACAUGUUUAACAGCAGCAAGUGGUCAUACAGAACAAAAAAUAUUAAUGUAGAUGCAAGAUGCAUAAUGAAGGUUUAAAAUAAUAGUAGUUAGGGGUUAGGGGAUAAUGUUUAGGGUUAUAAUGGAAUAGAAAUCUGUUUGAAUUGUGUUAUCUUUACGGAUUCCCAACUAUAUCUGGUUCAGAAUAGAUCUGGUUUCCAUUUUAUGUUGUGUAAAUGUUUAUAAGUAAAAUUCUCCAGCCUUGAAUUGUGUGUGUGUGUGUGUAUGAGUGUGUAUGAGUGUAUGUGUGUGUAUGAGUGUAUGUGUGUGUGUGUGUGUGUGUGUGUGUGUGUGUGUAUGAGUAUGUAUGAGUAUGUAUGAGUAUGUAUGAGUGUGUGUGUAUGAGUGUGUGUGUGUGUUUGUGUGCGUGUGUGUGUGUGUGUGUGUGUGUGUGUGUGUGUGUGUUUAUGGGAGACACUAAGCAGGUGCGUGCCUGCUGUUUAAAUCUGUCCCAAGCUGUUAAUGCUGCAUAUCUAAAUGGUAAAGCUGCU